CUACCGAAGCUUAACGGAGAUUUAUAUAAGCCGUUAAGAAGGACACAAGGCUGCUGUGUGAGCUUCUAGCCUGGCUGAGCUACUGCAGCCGUUGGCCGGACUUCAAGCAGUGCCAGGGCAUGUCUGGGAGUCUGCCCAGGAAACAGAGUGAAAGAAGAGUUUGUGUACGGCUUGACCCUGGCCUCUCGCAACACCCCUAUCCUUUUUCCGCACUGUAUAAAAUGAGUCUGCUAUAACAGAAGUUGUUUAUAAAAGAGGAGUAACGGACUCAAGGCAGGAAGAAGCUGGGUUUGCCAGACUGGAGCUCUGAAAGAGCGGACCAUGGCUUCGGUGUUCACGUGCGGAGUUGAAGACAUGCUGUUUAGCGGCAGCCGCUUUGUUUGGAACUUGGCAGUCUCAACGUUAAGGAGGUGGUACACGCAGAGAGUGAGGGGUUGCCACCAAGCUCUGAGAACAUGGUGCGGGAUAAGGGAUGUUUAUCAGAUGACAGAAGGGAAACAGUGCCAGGUUCAGCUGCUGGAUGACAGGAAGUUAGAGCUGCUGGUUCAGCCUAAACUUUUGUCCCGGGAACUGCUGGAUCUGGUGGCUUCACAUUUCAACCUCAAAGAAAAGGAGUAUUUUGGGAUAACGUUCAUAGAUGAUACAGGUCAAACUAUUUGGCUACAGUUAGAUCACAGAGUUCUGGAUCAUGACUUGCCCAAGAAACCAGGCCCAGCUACUUUGUUCUUUGCAGUUAGAUUUUACAUUGAGAGUAUUUCCUUUCUGAAAGACAAAACGACAGUAGAGCUCUUCUUCUUGAAUGCCAAGUCUUGUGUGCAAAAGGGACACAUUGAGGUGGAAAGUGAAACAGUCUUCAGAUUAGCUGCUUUGGUUUUACAGGAAGCUAAAGGGGACUAUUCCAGUGAUGAAAAUACAAGAAAAGAUCUAAAAACCUUGCCUGUCUUUCCUACUAAGACACUUCAAGAACACCCAUCUCUCAGCUAUUGUGAGGACAGAGUCAUUGAACAUUAUGGAAAAAUUAAGGGGCUGACCAGAGGACAAGCCAUUGUUCAGUACAUGAAAGUAGUUGAAGCUCUGCCUACUUAUGGUGUCCAUUAUUACGGAGUAAAGGAUAAACAAGGAAUCCCAUGGUGGCUUGGAAUUAGUUAUAAAGGAAUUGGCCAGUACGAUUUGCAAGAUAAGGUCAAGCCCAGGAAAUUAUUUCAAUGGAAACAGCUGGAGAAUCUUUACUUCCGUGAGAAGAAAUUUGCUGUGGAGGUUCACGACCCUCGAAGAAUUUCAGUGUCAAGAAGAACUUUUGGACAGAGCGGUCUUGUGGUGCAGACGUGGUAUGCGAACACUUCUCUGAUCAAAUCCAUCUGGGUUAUGGCAAUUAGUCAACAUCAGUUUUACCUGGACAGAAAACAAAGCAAAGCAAAAAUUCCCUCAGCCAGAAGCUUGGACGAUAUUGCCAUGGACUUGACGGAGAUAGGGACACCAAAGGUUUCAAAGCUAGCCGCUUUGGAAGUGAAGAAUCAGUUUAUUAUGGCUAGCAACGGUAGCUUAAUCUCUUCAGGGUCUCAAGAGUCAGAGGUCAGUGAGGAGCAGAAAAAAGAGAAGGUCUUGGAGCUGAAAAAGAAAGAACAGCUUUUACAAGAGAAGCUCCUGCAGAAAGUCGAAGAGCUGAAGAAGAUAUGCCUGCGGGAAGCGGAGCUCACUGGGAAAAUUCCAAGAGAAUACCCAUUGAGCACAGGAGAGAAACCUCCUCAGGUCAGAAGGCGUGUCAGCACAUCAUUCAAACUGGAUAGCAGCCUGCUUCCCAGCGAAGAGGAUCCAACUCUGCAGGACCUGGAGAAUAACUUCCUUAUUCAGCAGAAGCUGGUGGAAGCUGUGAAGAAACUUGCCGGCGAGCCGGACCUGUGCAAAAAUGUGAAGAAGAAAAGGAAGCAGGAGUACACGGAAGCAGUGAAAAGGCUUAAGGAGCUAGAAAAUUCCAUCAACGAGUAUAGGAUUAAAUGCGGGAAGAAGCCUGCUCCGAAACCAACCCCAACCAUAACAGAUGACAUCAUCCCAUCUGAGAGCAGCUCUCUAUCUGAUACAACGUGUGAAGAUGGAGGCAGUGAUUCCCUUGCUGUGCCAGGCCAAAGAACAAACAACAUGCCCUUUUCUCCAAAAUCUCCACCACCCAAAUCUCUUGGAGUGGAGAGAAUUCAUCUCAGGAAGUCAUCUAUGAAUGAGCCAUUCCUGGAAUCAAGACACUCCAGAUACUGGGAAGGUGGCCAUAUACUGGAUUCCUCUGUUUAUAAUCACAGAGAUCCCUUGUCAACACACAGCAGUCCAUACAGAACAGUGGAGAGGCAGAACCACGGGGGAAGGAGCAUGCCCACGACGCCGGUUCUUACUCGCAACGCAUACAGCAGCACUCACUUACAGCCAGAUGUUUCCCCCCAGCACUGCAGGCAGCGGAGUGGCAGCUUGGAGUCUCAAACCAACUUACUCUCUGAGACUGCUAGUGAAAAGCCAUUGUUCACACUUUCAAAAUCCCAAAGAAGCAGCAGUACAGAAAUCCUGGAUGACGGAUCAUCCUACACCAGCCAGUCAAGUGCGGAAUACUAUUGUGUGACCCCAAACCCCUACUAUACUGCCCAGACUCUUGACAAUCGGACAAGAAACAGGAGGCGAUCCAAGAAACAGAACAUUUCUGCUGCCAAUUCAGGAAGCAUGCCAAACCUAGCCCCAAAAGACAUGCACAAUGGCGUUUAUCAAAAAAAUCAAGUGCAGCCAUCGGCCAACAGCUACAUUUCUGGCUAUGCCCCUUACGUGGAGUGUGAUGUGUACUGUAAUGGUGGCUACGUGUAUGAGAAUGGCACAGAGGGGCAAUACGCUGUCAACCCUUCCUACCGCUCAUCGGCACACUAUGGAUACGAGCGCCGGUAUCGGGAAUUCAGGUCCUUCCAUGAGGAUGAGAUGGAAAGAGUGCCACACAACCCUUAUGCCACCCUGCGCUUGCCGCGGAAGCAGUCUGUGAAAUCCGAGCACAUCACCAAAAACAUUCACAAGGCCUUAGUAGCAGAGCAUCUUCGUGGCUGGUACCAGCGCGCCUCUGGUCAGAAAGACCUGGGUCAUAGCCUGCAGGCAGGCUUUGACGACAGAGGGUCACAGAGAAGCCUGGGCUUUGCUGGACUGCAGGUACCAUGUUGUCCGAGCAGCCGUGCAUCAUCAUUCUCAUCAGCAUCUUCUACAAAUGCCUCUGGGAAUUGGCGGAAUCAGAUCGCACUGUGUGAUUACGAUACGCUGUCUCAUUCCUCUUACGCCAGCUCUUACGGGACUACGUACGGCACCCAUCCACUGCACAGCAGCAGGAUAUAUGUGGAGACCAGCCAGCUGAGCAGCGGUGAUCGGCAUCUGUUGGAAGGUGACUUGCAAGGCAGCGAACAGAGACUGUUCUGGCACGAGGAUUCAAAGCCCGGGACUUUAGUGUGAAUCUGCCCUCUGCUCCAGUGACCAUGUGUGCCUUGCGCCGUAUGCUGUUCCUACAAACAAAUGAGCUUCCCAGUGCAACUCAAAAAAAAUGAGGACUUUGGUGGGAGGAUGAGGUGUUCAUUGAGACAAAGCUACGCCAUCUCUUACCUGUGCAAGCACAAGUAGCCUAAACAAGGAAGGGGCAGCUCCAUGGUUUGGUUUUAAAUCUCCUGCCAGACACAACCUUUGGCUGAAGUAUUUUUUUUAGAAAGCACUUUUUAGCAGACAGGAAGUUGUUGAAGGUGCUGACUUCCACAAAAUGUGAAAAGGAGAUUCUUCUUGGAAAGGCAAGGUUUUUUUAGUAGCACAAUAAAGACAGCCGAGAUGUUGAAGUCCCUUCUGCCGUAGCGUCUGCUGAACAAGAGGGCAACUUUGUGGUCUAUUGAAGGACAACAUGAGCCCACGGAGGAAGCUGAAGAUUGACUCUUCACAUUGCAGCGAUUACUUGAAGGACAUUUGGGAUUUUAAAACAGUAUUUUGUAUGAGGAAAAGGGUGGGUUUGUUUUUUUUUUAAUAGCGUGUUGUCCUGAAUGUCUCUUUCUGUUCUCAGCAGCAUAGGAAAAGGAAACAGCAGUUGCAUUUUGGAGGGUACUGCAUGAAAACUAAGCCUGCAGAGUGAGUGUUUUCUAGGAAGCAGGAGCGGGGCAGACUUAGACUGCUUCCCUGAGCAAAUGUAAUGUGCACUUCUGCCAGGAUACGUCUUCAUUUAUGCAAAGAUGCAUGCAGGUUUUGAUGCCGACAGUGCACAGAGAAACACUAGGACUAAUUCCUGACUAGCAGUUGCUCCACCCCUGGGCUUCUGCUUCCCCCAGCUCAAGCGACCAAUUCCCCACUUAUUGCUGUAUCGGUGCAUUUUGAUCCGCAACUCCCCUCCUUUUCCUCCCAGUUUCUUGCUCUCAAAAAAAAAUAAGCAAGAACCCAUGAGGGAAAUUGGAGGGAGCCACAGAUCAAAAGGCGCCCAUGCAGCAACUGGUGGGGAAUUGAUUGCGUGAGCUGGGGGAAGCAGAAGCCCAGGGGCGGAGCAACUGCUUGUGAGGAAUCUGUGUAGGUGUGCCAUAAGAGACAGCAGCUUUGCUAAACGGCAUGUGUCACAGGUGUGGAAAAAGGGACCAGUGCAUCGAACAAUAUUAUUAUGGUGGCCAGUAUUUCUUUUCCCUAGAAACGGAUGCAAAUACAUUAAAUUGUAACUCUAUAGUGGUGCCUUAAAAGCAGAGGGCAUUAAAAAUGGUUAUCUGAAUAGCAGAACUCUUGGCAGUGCAAUCCUAAACAGAUCUUCACCCUUCUAAGCUGGUGGACUUCAGUGGCUUUAUAAGGGUGGUGACUCUGCUUUGGAGUGCACAAUUGAGUUGCUCACUCCAAACCAGGAAAGGACUCACUGCUGUUCUUUUCAAGUUUUCCCCAGCUUCAAUGUCAGAUCCGUUUUGAUCAGCUGUCAGCUGAGGGAGGGAUUGGGAGGCUGGGCAUCCAAAGACCUCCUGGAAUGAGUCCAGGCUGGAGCCUGAAUUGGAACGGAGAGCAAACAUUUGUGCAUCACCUGCUGGGUGAUGCAGAAGCUGGUGGUGCACUUCCCCCUCUCUCCCGUGGAGCAGCCUUUUUUGCUGCUUUGCCAGGGAGUCCAGAUGUGGAAGCCUAUUUCCACAUAUGGAUUGAUUUCUUAUAGAUCAGGGCACUCCCGACUAAGCGAUAAAUUUGUUUUACAGAAUAAUUUACCGUUGUUUUAUGUGCAGGAGGGGGGAAUCAGCUGCAGGUUUUAUCUAGGAGGAAUAAGCCUACCUCAUAUCAUCGACCUGUAGGAAUAAAUAAAUAACAUAAUUUAGUGUAAUUUUGCAAAACAUACAGAUUCCCUCUUUGUUCUCAGAUGUACUGUGUGCUUCAGGAUUCCAUACAAUGGUGCUUUGGGGGAAUCUUUCUUUUUAAAAAAACAAACGCAGGAUGGAUCACUCCUUGUUCAUAUUGUGAAUAGAAAAGUUUCUGAAGUUUUUGGACUUUCUUUUUUUUUUACUGAUACUCCAAAGCAUGUAAAAUAAGUCUAUCUAUAUAUAGAUAUAUAUACAGAGAGAGUGAAUUUGUUAAGCUGGUCCUUAGUCAUUUGUAUGAUUAGAAAUAAAGUUUGGAAUAAACAUGGAAAAUACA